AUGAUCGUGCUUGAUGGGGUAGUCGAUGUGGUAGUCGUUGAUGUAGUUGUUGAACUACUUGUUAUAGUAUCUGGUUUGGGCCCUGGUACGUUCAGUGGUGGUUUUGGUAGGAAACUAGGCUUUUGCUUCUUCUUGCACUUCCUUGGCUUCCUGCUUUUCGUUUUCGCAGACGACUUCUUUUUGGAUGAUUUAUUCUUCCGUGGUUUUUUCGCUGAUCUUUUCGAUCUUUUCGAUGCCUUCUUCUUCGCGUUCCUCUUUCUAUGCUUCCUCUUCUUUUUCUUUUUUGAUGAUAUCUUCGAAGGUGUUGGUUCACUGGGUGGUUGCUUGGGAGCUUGGGUAGUAGAUGUUGUCACCAUUGUGGUGGUUUCUGCUUUAGUGGUUGUAAAUGUAUUCGUUUCUGCUGUACUGGUUGUUGUUGGCUGGACCGUGAAUUUCGCUGCAUCAUCGCUGAAGCUGCAGCCCAUGAAAUAG